GGCUGCGGAAGCGCAGCGAGACCCGGAAAGAAAGCCAGUGCAGCUCCGGGGCUGCGGGGGCUCCCGGCGCCAUGGGCCGCUUGCACUGUACGCAGGACCCGGUGCCCGAGGCCGUUCGCGGCGACAUGCAGCAGCUGAACCAGCUGGGCGUGCAGCAGUUCUCAGCCCUGACAGAAGUGCUUUUCCAUUUCCUAACCGAGCCCAAAGAGGUGGAGUGCUUUCUGGCUCGGCUAUCUGAAUUUGCUACCACCCAUCAGAUCAGUCUCGGCCCACUCAAAGGCAUCAUGAAAAGCCUCCUUCUGGUUCCAAAUGGUGCAUUGAAGAAGGGCCUCACUGCAGAGCAAGUACGCACUGAUCUCCUGGCUCUAGGUCUUAGUGAGGAGAAAGCCACUUACUUUUCUGAAAAGUGGAAGCAGAACGCCCCAGCCCUUGCACAGUGGGCCAUAGGUCAGACCCUGAUGAUUAACCAGCUGAUUGAUAUGGAGUGGAGGUUUGGAGUGACAUCUGGAAGCAGUGAAUUAGAGAAAGUGGGAAGCAUAUUUUUACAGUUAAAGUUGGUGAUUAAGAAAGGAAAACAAACUGAAAAUUUGUAUAUAGAAUUAACCUUGCCUCAGUUCUACAGCUUCCUGCAUGAGAUGGAGCGAGUCCGAGCCAGCAUGGAGUGCCUCAGUUGAUCCUGUUUCUUGAUCCCUUGCUCCUGCUUCUUCCCUAUUGGCUGCUCCAGGGGCCCAGCUGUCUUGGGAGUCCAGGUGCAAAGAGUUUCCGAGAACAACUGGGUUGAAUACCUGAGGAGUCCUGUGUGAUUCUCCUGCAAGCCCCUCUCAGGAGCCAGCACCUCCCAUCUCCUGGCUUGACUUUACACCUAGCUGCUCUGACAGCCUUUGCAUCUGGGAUUGUUUGCUUUCUUUUGGGAGGAGGGUAUUGUCACCUCCCAUUAAACAGUGAAGGAAUGGUUCCUUCAGUCAGAUGGUUCGGUGUUUGUUUGUGGCUGAGGAAGAGGCAGGUCAUGUGGACGACUUGUCUGAAGAGGAC